UCUCUCUCUCUCCCUCUCUCCAGCAAAACGGUCUUCAUUCCAAUACACAAACGGAGCGGAGCUGUAGCUGCCCCCAGACUCACCGCGAAUUCGCUCAGGGAAUUACAGCAUUCAAACUUAAGGCGAUUUUAAUUCCAGGAGUAACACGCGCACAUGCAUUUGUCUCCAUUAUGGUGUUUGUACGACAAGAGAAGGAGAGCAUUGCAAAUCCCUGAACAGUCUUUGGAUUUCCUUGUCUUCCUUCGUGAAACUGCCACUGUUUUCAGCGGGAAGGAAAACAAAUCUGUGAAUUUUGGGCGAGUGGGUUCUGUGAAGGGGGCAACCUUCCCGAGUCGGUGAGUCGCCAAAUGCAAAGUGUACGCGGUUUCAGACAUUCGGGCGACCCGGGGUUCGUGUUCCAGGCGGCGGGACUGUGAAGGCGGAGAAGGCUGUCGGGAGUUAUCCCUUUUUUCCCCGUUUCGCAGUGGGAACCCUGGGUUUUGGGGUUUGAAGUGGUGGACUGGAUCCGAGCCUACUAGGAAGGACGGCGGCAUAUUGAGGGUUUUCUUCACGCAGUACCUGGGACUUAUUUUCAUGUCCGCGCUUCCUGGUUUAUGACGAUGGAUUAUUUUCUGUUUUUCUGUGGCUUUUUGCUGCCCGUGGUAGCAGCUGUCGAAGAAACACUGAUGGACACCAAAUGGGCCACAACCGAGCUGGCGUGGACUGCACAUCCUGAAACUGGGUGGGAGGAGGUGAGUGGUUAUGAUGAUGCCAUGAACCCUAUCAGGACGUACCAGGUGUGCAACGUGCGCGAGCUCAACCAGAACAACUGGCUGCGCAGCGACUACGUCCCGCGGAAGGACGUCCUGCGCAUCUACGUGGAGAUGAAGUUCACCGUGCGCGACUGCAACAGCAUCCCCAACAUCCCGGGCUCCUGCAAGGAGACCUUCAACCUCUUCUAUUACGAGUCCGACGGGGACACCGCCACCCCCACCAGCCCCUUCUGGAUGGAGAACCCCUACGUCAAAGUGGACACCAUCGCCCCGGACGAGAGCUUCUCCAUGCUGGAGUCGGGCCGGGUCAAUACCAAGGUGCGCAGCUUCGGACCGCUGUCCAAGGCCGGCUUCUACCUGGCCUUCCAGGACCUGGGCGCCUGCAUGUCUCUCAUCUCCGUGCGCGUCUUCUACAAGAAGUGCUCCACCACAAUCGCCAACUUCGCCGUUUUCCCAGAGACAGCCACGGGCGCGGAGGCCACCUCGCUGGUCAUCGCCCCGGGGACCUGCGUGCCCAACGCACUGGAGGUGUCCGUUCCACUCAAGCUGUACUGCAACGGGGACGGGGAGUGGAUGGUUCCGGUGGGGUCCUGCACCUGCGCCGCGGGGUUCGAACCCGCCAUGAAGGACACGCAGUGUCAGGCCUGCAGUCCUGGGACCUUUAAGUCUAAACAGGGGGAGGGGUUUUGCUCCCCCUGCCCCCCAAACAGCCGCACCAGCUCCGGGGCCUCGAACGUCUGCUCCUGCAGGACGGGCUUCUACCGCGCCGAUAACGACUCGCCUGACUCCGCCUGCACCACCGUCCCCUCCUCCCCGCGGAACGUGAUCUCCAAUGUGAACGAGACCUCGCUGGUGCUGGAGUGGAGCGAGCCGCGGGACUCUGGCGGGAGGGACGACCUGCUCUACAACGUCAUCUGCAAGAAGUGCCUGGUGGAGCGGUCCUUGUGCUCGCGCUGCGACGACAACGUGGACAUCUCCCCCCGCCACCUGGGCCUGACGCAGCGCCGGGUCGCCAUCAGCAACCUGCAGGCGCACACGCAGUACAGCUUCGAGAUCCAGGCCGUCAACGGCGUGUCCAGCAAGAGCCCCUACACACCACAGUACUCUGCCGUCAACAUCACCACCAACCAGGCCGCUCCCUCUGCUGUGCCCACGGUUCACCUGAUGGGGGCAACAGCGAGCACCAUGAGCUUGUCCUGGCUGCCCCCGGAGAAGCCCAACGGCAUCAUCCUGGAUUACGAGAUUAAAUACCAUGAGAAGGUGAGCGCCAGUGACCAGGGCGAGGCCAUUUCACACACCAUGACGGCCCAGCGUAGCUCCGCCCGGAUCGAGGGGCUCAAGGCCGGCACCCCGUACGUGGUGCAGGUCAGAGCCCGAACGGUGGCGGGGUAUGGGCGCUACAGCGGCCCGGCAGACUUCAGCACCAACCUGCAGAGUGACCCCGAGAAAUCCCUGCAGGAGCAGCUGCCUCUCAUCGUGGGCUCCGCCACUGCUGGUCUGGUCUUCAUCAUCGCUGUGGUAGUCAUCGCUAUCGUCUGCCUCAGGAAGCAGCGCAGCGGGUCAGAGUCAGAAUACACUGAAAAACUGCAGCAGUACAUCACUCCUGGAAUGAAGGUCUAUAUUGACCCUUUUACCUACGAGGAUCCGAAUGAGGCUGUCCGAGAGUUUGCCAAAGAAAUCGACAUCUCAUGCGUGAAGAUCGAGGAGGUGAUCGGAGCAGGUAACCCACACGAGCACCUGGGCAGCAGGGGGAAGACUGCUAGACACUUCCAGGCCGUUCCAUUACAGGACUUCACUCAGAGCGGAGAGUUUGGGGAGGUGUGUCGCGGGAGGCUCAAGCUUCCGGGGCGAAGGGAGAUCAUUGUGGCCAUUAAGACGCUGAAGGCGGGGUACACUGAGCGGCAGAGGCGGGACUUUCUGAGCGAGGCCAGCAUCAUGGGCCAGUUCGACCACCCCAACAUCAUCCGCCUGGAGGGCGUGGUCACCAAGAGCCGGCCGGUCAUGAUCGUCACCGAGUUCAUGGAGAACGGGGCGCUCGACUCCUUCCUCAGGCUGAACGAUGGGCAGUUCACGGUGAUCCAGCUGGUGGGCAUGCUCAGAGGCAUCGCUGCCGGGAUGAAGUACCUCUCCGACAUGAACUACGUGCACCGGGACCUGGCCGCACGCAACAUCCUGGUCAACAGCAACCUGGUCUGCAAGGUGUCUGACUUCGGCCUGUCCCGCUUCCUGGAGGACGAUCCUAAUGACCCCACCUACACCAGCUCCCUGGGCGGAAAGAUACCUAUCCGCUGGACGGCUCCAGAGGCCAUCGCCUACAGGAAGUUCACGUCUGCCAGCGACGUAUGGAGCUACGGCAUCGUCAUGUGGGAAGUGAUGUCAUACGGCGAGCGCCCAUACUGGGACAUGAGCAAUCAGGAUGUGAUUAACGCUGUGGAGCAGGAUUACCGGCUGCCCCCCCCCAUGGACUGCCCCACUGCCCUGCACCAGCUCAUGCUGGACUGCUGGGUGAAGGAGAGGAAUCUGAGGCCCAAGUUCUCCCAGAUCGUCAACACUCUGGACAAGCUGAUCCGCAAUGCGGCCAGCCUUAAAGUGGUCACCAGCACACAGUCUGGGGCGUCCCAGCCGCUGCUGGACCGCUGUGUUCCAGACUACAGCACCUUCACCACUGUGGGGGACUGGCUGCACGCCAUCAAGAUGAGCCGUUACCAUGACAGCUUCCUCAAUGCUGGCUUCGCCACCUUCGACCUGGUGGCACAGAUGACUGCAGAGGACCUCCUGCGGAUAGGGGUGACGCUGGCGGGGCACCAGAAGAAGAUUUUGGGCAGUAUCCAGGACAUGAGGCUACAGAUGAACCAAACACUGCCUGUCCAGGUCUGAAGAACCAGGCAGGGACUGGACCAGAGAGAACCAAUGGGAGAGCUCAGCUGCCUGACUGUCUCAGCCAAUCAGAAUCCUGGCUGCAGUGCCUCAGACACGUUUCCCUCCAUUUCCACCCGACAGACUUGUAUCCACAUUAUUUUGUAAAUUUUUUAUAAAACCCUUCAGCCCCCCCCCCCCCCCCCCCCCCCCCCCCCCCGAAUGGGGGUGUGGGUUGCAUGCGUGUGCGUCCCGCCCCCCCAGGGGGGUCCAGAAUGGGGGUGUGGUUUGCAUGUGAGCGCGUGUUUCUUGAGGUUGGCUGGGAUCUCCUGAGCUCUUCCUGCUCUUCUCAUCCAUCAGAGGAUCCCUGAUGCUGGAAAGACUUGAACGGGCUUGAGCAUAAAAAAGAAAAGGAAAAAAGAAGUGAACUGGCUCGAUCACUUGAAAAGAAAAAAAUCGUUUUUGACGGUGAACAGAAUUGCAGAGGAUCCCUCCCGUAGCAUUAGAUUUGUGUGCUUUCCCCGUCUUCAUAUUGAAGAUGUUUUAUCUGCGGACACACACCAGUGGUCAGGAGCGCACGGAGGGGGUGGAGCUUCAUCACCAUGCCAACGAGACGGAUGGAGUUCUGGAAGAAAGAGACUUUCUUUAAAACAAGUGUUGGAUUGAGGCCUGCUCUGAUGGGUUUGGGAAUACGGAUAGGCUGUGUUUUAUUACUAUUAUAAUUGCUGUUAAUUUGUGUAUCAGCCCUUUUUUAAAAUGGUUUUGUGUUUUUUGGGAGAAUUGCGGUUCAAGUGGGCGGGUCCGUUGUGGGACUCCUUUGUGACCACGCCCCCUGCGACAGGACUGAGCACAGUCGGGGAUAGAAGGACUGACUGAGCAGCUUCGGUGUGUGUGUGUGUGUGCACGUGUGCGUGUGUGUGUGUGCGCACGUGUGUGAGUGUGUACGUGUGUGUGCACGCAUGUGUGUGCACGUGUGUGAGUGUGUGCGCACGCGUGUGUGAGUGUGUGUGAUGUGAACACAAAUACUGUACAAUACAGCUUGAACUAUGCGCUACCGUGAACUUGCGCAUGAACUGAAUUGUGGCAGGAUAGUUAUUUCUGAAACACUUAAUCUGUGGACAAUUGUUAACAUUUUUUAAAUGGAUCCAAAAUGAAAAUAGUUUAAAUACAUAUAUAUAUAUAUGCAUUGUUCAGCAAUGGAGAGCAACUACAAAAACAGACCAUACAUAUUUUUUACUAUUGUGUGGAUUUACAAUCAAUCUCUUGUUUACUGUCUCCAUUCCCUUUGUAUUUAUUUGUACCUUCUUGGUCAGUCGGCCUUGUACAACCGUGGAAAUGGACGCCAGUCCAAGAGGAUGACUCGGCAAAUUGAUACUUAUUACAAUCUCAUAUAAAUUGAAUAUUGUAUUUUUGUUGUUGUUCUAAACAGCCUGUAAAUGUUUUUU